UGGAAAAGAGAUUAUUUUUGUUUUGAUAUGUUCUCAAUAAAAUGCAAAACGUUUUAAUGGAAAUUAACAAUGGCUUUCUUCAACUAAUCUGCAUCGUAAACAAUUGAACGGAAACACGUUUGUUUGUGUUUUCUUCUGGUUUUUUUAUUCUUUCAUUUAUCUAAAGGAAGAAGGAAAGGUAGCAAAUGUGUAUCGAUGUCGUGGAUUUUCCUAUGUGCUCCGUCGAUCAUUUGGACUGCAUACUGGCUGAACAGUUUCCUUCUCACAGAUAGCUGUACAUAUGACCAAUAUGACGACUGUCCUGCCUGGGGAAGCUGUACAGCAGAGUGUGGAGGGGGAAUUAGGUCAAGGACAUGUAAAUCGUGUUUUUGGAAAUUGGAAAAGGAUUUUACUGAAUACUGCAACAGGUUCUGUUACAAUGGAUACAACUUUUCUGGUGGCAAAUGUCAGUGUUCAGACUGGCGAAAUGGACGGUGCUGUGAAAACUGCAACUUAAAUUACAACAUUCCGCACUGUCCCAAAAACAAACUUCAAUGCGGUGGUAAACCAGAUGGGAUCCGAUGCGAAUUGUGCAAUGAUCCAUACUACGCUGCUGGCUAUGGCAACGGAUGUCGUGUGUGCCCAUCAUCCAUUCACCAAUGUAAAUACCGACGUUGCAGAAGUAGAAACAACGUCUAUUGCAAGAAAUGCUACGAGGACAACAUUAUAUUCAAACGUUACAACAAUGACAAGGAAUGUCAGCGAAUGUGCUCUUGGAACAACCACUUUUGUUGGCCUGGACGCUGUGGCACAAACGAACUCACCAAAGACUGCCAAUGUGCAUCUGGGUUCAGAAAAGUUGAAAUUCUCGGUCGCGAAAUCCAUUCAGGAGAAACCUCAUGUCAGCCAACACAAAAGCCAUUUAUCGAAACUUGUAACACUGAAGUGAUAGGCCCAAUCGGUGAAAAGAAGGAUGCAAAGAGCUCUACGUCAACUAAGUGUUCGUAUUUGCAAGAUAUGUAUGGGAACUUUCAGCCGUCUCAUAUAAACUUCAAAAUGGUUGCUAGCUACCACAUCACUUUACCUGCAAAAUAUAGCAAACCAAGAUUUAUUUAUGAAUCACGCUUUGGAAUAACAGAUACAGCAAUCUAUAUCAAAAGGCAAACAGUAUCAGGAAGUUUUACAACAUUGACUACACACAAACAAUUUACAGACUAUCAUCAAAGUCAAAUGGUUGAAGAAACAAGACAUCACGAGGGAAAAAUUAUCUCCGAUAUUUCAAGAAAAGUUUUGAAUGGCGAAGCAUUGUGUUUGACGUAUGAAGCUAAAGGCGGUGGAUUUCUGAAGGCUCAAAAUGUAAAACAUACUAUUCUCAAUGCUGUACCGUUUAAAAAACAAACGACAGAACGAACAAUCUGCUACCGUUAUGAUAGCCAACCACCCGAACACUGUUCAAAACUAUUGACAUGUGGCUCAGAGCCUCUCCAAGUUGACAAGCGGAUAACACGUUCAACACUCCAUCACAUUGAGUUCAACGGUUGGGUCGAUCCCGUCCCUCGUUUGGGAGCAUCGCGCACCGCAUCAAAAAUUGAGAGCUAUGAAGUUCGAGUAAACGAGGUCAUGCCAUCGAACGGGACACUAAAAGUAGAUUACACAUACAACGUUAUACCCAGUACAAUUGUGAACCACACAGUCAAAAGCAUGGAUAUAAAUCUGACUGCAAACGCCCCAAGGCUUUAUUGUAUUACACUAGAGGUUAAGGAUGUUGCAGACAAUGUUAGGCAGUGUCGUCGUUUUGUUCUCUUUGAUAACACUUCGUCCAUUAAAAUUUGGAAUGAACACCCAUUCAGAUUUACAUCUGCUUCGCCUGGUACAAAUUACACGUGGCAAACUCAUCACAACGAUGUCUGCCUCAGCUGGAAAGAUUACUUUUACAACAAUUUCUACAUUUAUAAUGAACUUCUGAAUCCUAUUGAGCCCCUCUCGCAUGUACUCAUUACUGGCUCAUACGAUCAAAUAACUGGAGAAUUACCUGUUUCCGGGACAUCAAAUGUAUAUGGUAUAAUUGCAUAUAAUGUUUCGUGGAGGCUAAACCAUGGCUCAUUUUCUGAAGAAAAACCUGUACCCUCUUUCAAUAAUCAAUCGAUUUGUAAGAAUUUGAAUGUUAAAGACGGCGAUACAUACACAGUGAACGUGAAGGCUAUUGAUAUAGUUGGGAAUACUCUCAGCGAUAGCCGAACUGUAUUCAUUGAUCGGUCAGCGCCACAUCUAAACAACGUUUCGCUUGAGAAAGAUGGGUACGAGGUGUUGUUUGUACAUAAGAGCUCGGACCUGUCCGAUAUGAAAAUGACAUUUGAUGCAUUUGAUCCACAUAGUGGCCUAUCUAACAUAUAUUGGACGUUUGGAAUAGCCGACACAAUGACUGAGUUAUUAAAUGAGCAUCUUGGUGUUAGGACCACAAAUAAUUCAUGUUCAUCAACACUGUGCUACUGCCCGGAUAUUGGUGACUGUGCGUUCUUCAGAAACACAUUGCCACUUUAUAAACUACAGGUUUAUGCUGCAAAUAUGGGACAUCAUUACAAAAAAUAUUAUUUUACCAUCAAAGUAACAAACAUGGCUGGGCUUUCAACAACGGAACACAUUAACUUUCUUGUUCAUGAUUCGCUUCCUUCAGAAGGUGUUGUUUACGAAGGGAGGGAGGUUUUGAGUGGUUGACUGUAAAGACCAUCUGUAUUUCCGAACACAUCCAUGCCAUCUGGUUUUGACAUUACAACUGUGGACUGAUGUUCAGCAACGCAGGUUUCCUGAUGGCAGGUGACAUAGGUAACAUGUUCACAGGUUGCUGUACUGGAAUCAUCUCAACAUUUUGGCUUAAUCGCACCUGUCUUGAGACAUUUUUGGUCGGUGUGGAACACUUAAAUGUUGAACCCAGCAAUUUAACCAGGCCCAGAAUGAAAUGAUGAAAACCAGCCAGCCCACCCGCCCGCAAAGCUGCCCAUCCGGCCAAGCUGUACCUGUUGUACGCCAACUUGCUAACAUGCGGUGAUUUGUUAGUACUUCCAGAUCAUAUAAUGGAAAAUUAUAUCCAAACUGAAGCGUAAUGUGAGUCAGUUUGGUCAUAUACGGAUAAUGUUUGUUUUAUUAUUAAAUGAAUUUCUUUCAUGCUUUUUGUCAAUCGUUUCUGGUGCGGCUAUGACAUAAUAUAAUUUUCUAAUGAAACUGCUGACUUCUAUUUGUCUUUAGUCUGUAGUGUGCAUCUAUUCGCACAUUUUGAUUGUUCAUUUUAGCAAAAUUAUAUUAAUUGCAAAUUCUUUAAGCAAUAAAAAAAAACCUUACUACACAUAAUAUGCAGAUUGUUUCAUUGAGCGAGCAUAUGAUUUUCAGAUUAUGGACAAAAAUACAUCACCUUCAACAAUCACAGCAACUCAGUGAGAUCCCGAUUUUGAAAAAAAAAAUAUUGCUAGCUUUCAUUAAUUCAUUAAUUCAUACUAUCAAUCAUUCAUUUAUAUUCAUUAAUUCAUUCAUUUAUUCAGUUUAUUCAUUGAAAAACUUGCCAUUUCAAGGCAAAUGAAAUAAAAAGUGAGCCGGUUUCAUUAAAAUUAGAGCCUUUUCCCUUCAUGCAUUAAAGAAAAAACAUAAAUAUACUCAAAAUUCCAUAAAAACACGAAUUUAUUGUUUCUACGGUCAGCCUGGUUGCUGUAGCCACGGAGGUAUUUUCAAGGACAAGAACCAAUGCUGGUAAAACGUGGUCUUGUGAUGGAAUUCCAUACCGGUUCUCGGCAAGGAUUUUCUAGAAUGGAAUACCGUCUUCAAAUCGGGAACCAUCACUUCAGUACCGUAUUCACCAGUAACGUUUAAAGCAGGAUAUCAGAUUGAUCACUUCAAUACCGAUUCACCAGUAACGUUUUAUCCAGGAUACCAGAGUGUCAUCUGGGAUUGAUCACUUUAGUACCGUAUUCACCAGUAACGUUUUAUCCAGGAUAUCAGAGUGGCAUCUGAGACUGAUAACUUCAGUACCGUAUUCACCAGUAAUCUUCAGUUUGCAGUUAUGCUUAUUUAUUAUAAAUUAAUGAAAACAAGUUUUUAAACAUCGGGUGCAAAUGAUAUGUGUCAGUAUUAUAUAAUAACCAUGUCUUGUUUUUGUACAAUAUCUUCUUCAGCUGAUAAACCAUGUCCUGAUUCCAUUAUAAUUCCAUCUUUUAUCGAUAUAUGUUGAAUUUUUAUAUGUAUAAGUUAUUGAAUGUUUAUUUUUGAGAAAGUCGUAAAAAAAUAAUGUAAAGGCACUGUAUAUAAUGCUGGAAAUAACAUGAGUUAGCCUAGUAAGUUCUAAAAAUAAAGUGUAUAUGCACACAACAGUUCAUCUUGCAUUGCUAUCUCAAAGGAUAUAGUAUUUAACUGAAUGAGCUAAUGUUAUCAUAAUUAAAGUGCAUUCUUGUUCUGAUUAUGUUGCGAACUGUAGUCUGCUAAACUGAAUAUAUUACAAUUUUACAACAUAUUAAUAUAGUUAUCAUAUAUUAAUAUCAAUAACUUAUGUUUCAUGGAUAACUCUAUGUAUUUUUUUUAAAUGUUAUAGAUGUAUUUUGGUUUAAUGUUUUUUUUAACGGUUACAAUUCUUAUAUUUUAAAUAUUUCAAUGUGUUUAUACUUUUUUCAUACAUUGUUAUAUUCAAUGAUUGAAUGGCGCUAACAACGUCAACUACAGGGGACUUAUAUUCAUUUCAAACUGCUGAGUGUGUCAAACAACUUUUCCGGGUUAUUUGCAAAAGCUUAAAAAUCUAAAAUAUACACAAUGUUGUUUUACGUAUUAGGAUUGUUACGUACAGGUUGCUUGUCAGAUAAUUGUAGAAUCUAUGAUAAUUGAAUUUAAGUAAAUGCAAUCUGUUUUAUUUACAGUGUUGUGUUUAAAGUAGGAAUCAUUAUCUUGUACUAUCACGUGCUUGUAUGAUAUACAGUAUUGGGUAAACUAGUGUAUGUAGUGUGUUUGUUUUAAUGUAUAAAUAUUCAAUUUCUUUUGCAUUGCCUUAACCUUACUUGUAAUCAAAUACGAUUACCGAUAUUUAUG